AUGCCUCCGAAAAAGACCGAAAAGGGCGGUGGCACCAAGAAGCCAUCGGCCUCGAAGCAAGUGGAAGACAAGACGUUUGGCAUGAAGAACAAAAAGGGCGCCGUGGCCAAGAAAACCAUUGCGCAAAUGACGAGCAACCUGAAGAACGGCGUGAGCCCCGAAGAGAAGAAGAAGCAAGCCGAAAAGGCUCAGCGGGAAAAGGAGAAAAAGGCGGCGGAAGAGGCCAAGAGGGAGGCCGACCUGCUUCUCAACAAGCCGGCGCAAAUACAAAAAGUACCCUUCGGCGUCGAUCCCAAGACGGUGGUGUGCAUCUUUUACAAGAAGGGAGACUGCGAGAAGGGCAAGAAGUGCAAGUUCUCGCACGACCUGUCGAUUGAGCGCAAGACGGAGAAGAAGAACCUCUACGCGGACACGAGAGCGACCGAGGAGGAGGAGGAGAAGAAGAAGGAAACCUCGGCCGACUGGGACGAAGAGCAGCUGCGCAAGGUAGUCUUGUCCAAAAAGGGCAACCAAAAGACGAGUACCGACAAGGUGUGCAAGUACUUCAUAUCGGCCAUUGAGGACGGCAAAUACGGCUGGUUCUGGGUUUGUCCCAACGGGGGAGACAAGUGCAUGUACAGGCAUGCUUUGCCACCGGGCUUCGUCCUGAAAACAAAGGAACAGAGGGCGGCAGAGAAGGCGCUCAUGGAUAAGUCACCGCUCAAAACGCUCACUCUGGAAGACUUUCUGGAAUCCGAGCGCCAUAAACUCACGGGCAACCUCACCCCCGUCACGCCGGAGAGCUUUGCGAAAUGGAAGAAAGAGCGCCUCGACAAGAGGGCGGCCGAGGAGCAACUCCGCAGGGCAAAGGAGAACACUGGCCGCGCGUUGUUUGAAAGCGGCAAAUGGCGCGACGAAGAUGAAUCCGACGACGGCGGCAACGGCAGCGGCAACGGCAACGGUAACGGCGGCGACGACGACGACGCUUGGAAUCUAGACAAGUUGCGGCAGGAGACGGAGGCGCUGAGGUCCGUGAAGGAAGAGCAGAGAUUGGCUACCAUGCACGGGAGGGAGGCGCCUCCGGCUGAAGAGAUGGGCCCGUCAACAGGGUCGGGUGACGAGGCUGACGAGACGCGGGCUGACGAGACGCGAGCUGACAAGACGCGAGCUGACGAGACGCGAGCUGACGAGACGCGAGCUGACGAAACGCCAGCUGGCGUUGCCGGUGAUGUCUGA